AUGUCCGGCAGCCACCUGAGCAAGGACUUCUUCGACCUCGUCAAGGCCAUCGGGGAGAGCAAGUCGAAGCAGCAGGAGGACAACAUCAUCGUCGAGGAGGUGGCCACCCUCAAAAAGCGCAUGCCCGAGGCGAACGUGUCCAAGAAGAAGAUGAAGGAGUUCCUCAUCCGCCUCGUCUACGUCGAGAUGCUCGGCCACGACGCGUCGUUCGGCUACAUCAAGGCCAUCGAGCUCGCGGCGGCGAAGAACCUGGUGCAGAAGCGCGUGGGCUACCUGUGCAGCGGGCUGUGCCUGAGCCCGUCGCACGAGUUCCGCUUCAUGCUCGUGAACCAGCUGCAGCAGGACAUGGCGUCGGCGAACUAUUUGGAGGUCGGCGCGGCGCUCACGGCGACGCUCCGGCUGGCGACGGCGGACAUGAUCCCGGCGCUGACGGCCCACGUCGUCAAGCUCUGCGCCCACGGCCGCGAGCUCGUGCGGAAGAAGGUCGUCAUGGUGCUCCACCGGUUCCACCAGCUCGACGCGUCCGCCGUCGAGCACCUCGCGGACACGAUGCGGCGCACGCUCUGCGACAAGGACCCGAGCGUGAUGACGGCGGCGCUGUGCCUGCUGCACGACAUGAUCGCCGCGAACCCGGCGGCGUUCAAGGAGCUCGUGCCGUCCUUCGUGUCCAUCCUCAAGCAGGUCGUCGAGCACCGCCUGCCGCGCGACUUCGACUACCACCGCAUCCCCGCGCCCUGGGCCCAGCUCCGGCUCCUGCGCGUCCUCGCCCACCUGGGCCGCGCGGACCAGGCGGCGUCCGAGGGCAUGUACGAGGUGCUGAGCGACGUCAUGCGCCGCGCGGACACGGGCAUCAACGUCGGCUACGCGAUCGUCUACGAGUGCGUGCGGACGAUCACGACGGUCUACCCGAACUCGACGCUGCUGGACGAGGCGGCCCGGUCCAUCUCCCGCUUCCUCCAGUCGGAGAACCACAACCUCAAGUACCUGGGCAUCACGGGCCUCGCGCAGGUCGUCGAGGGCCACCCGAAGUACGCCGCGGACCACCAACUGGCGGUCAUCGAGUGCCUCGAGGACGUCGACGACACGCUCAAGCGCAAGACGCUGGACCUGCUCUAUCGCAUGAUGAACCCCGUGAACGUCGAAUUCAUCGCGUCGAAGCUGCUCCAGUCGCUGGAGUCGUCGACGGACGAGUUCCUGAGGUCCGCGCUCGUGUCGCGGCUCUGCACGGCCGCGGAGCGCUUCGCGCCGUCGAACGACUGGUACGUGUCGACGGUCAUCAAGGUCAUGGAGCUCGCGGGGGACCUCGUC